CUGAGCUGAGCAAAAUAACCUAUUUUAUAAAUUUUUGACUUGUCCUUGAAAUGAAAACGAAAACAAUAUUAUUAAGAUGGUGACACUCUUUGCAUUUUAAUUGUCUUCUAAUGUCAAGUAAGUCUUAACUUUUGAGUGUUCAGUAUUGUAUUUAUAUAGUGACAGUUGCAGCCUGUCGAGUUGUUUUGUGAUCCUUUUACCUCCAUUGUAGAGGGAACUGCAUUCAUAUUCCUUUUCGCUUUUUUACUCAAUUUAGCCUAUAUAAUUUAUAUUAGUUGGCCUUUCAACAAAAUGGUGGUAACUAAAAACACUACAAUCCCUUCUGAUGAAGAUUUGACCGUUCAAGAAGUAGAUGUCAGUGGUGUUGUCUUAAGGGCUGCCUCAUUUCAUCUUGGUAAAUAUUGUGAAGAUGUCAAUAAUGAGUUCAUGCUUUGUAGGGGAGAAACUAAAGACAUUCGCAAAUGCCUAACCGAAGGUAAGGCUGUAACCAAUUGUUCAUUGGAGUUUUUCCAGAAGGUUAAGACCUCAUGUUUUCAAGAAUUCACAAACUAUUACAACUGCAUUGAUAAAAGUAGCCCUAACUAUCAGCUCGAACCAUGUCGAAAGACUCAGAAAGUAUUUGACAAAUGCAUGGUUGACAAUUUAAAUCUGGAACGACCACACUAUGGCUACUUUUGCGAAGUUAAAGUUCAUGACUCACCAAGGCCUAAACCUGAAGCUGAGGUUAGAGUGUACGCCGACACUCCAGAAAAAAUUGCUAUAGAUUCUCCUAAACCACCAGGAAAAUAUGGAUCAAGAAACAUGUUUUUUUAAGGAUGAAACAUCUUCAAGAGUUUUUAGAAAAGGAAAUAUAAACAAUAUUUUGUCCAUUUUAUCAGUGUACAUUGAAACAGUUGUUGUUCCUUUUGUUAGUAGAAUGCUUAACUUAUUGUAACUUUUUGGCACAUUUAUAAAUAAAACCAAUUACAUUGUC